AUGGAAGAAUUUCUAUCGGGAGAAGACAGUGAUUGUAGUGUUAACGACAAAGAUUAUGAAGACUCGGAUCACGACGAAAGUUCCAGUAGUUCGUCACAAGAGGUUUUACAAAGAAAAAAACGCAAAUCAGUGCUAAAUAAAGAUAUGCCCUCAACGUCAAAAACUGGCGGCGGAAGUUCCACAAUAGACGACACAACUGACACCGUUAUAUCGCAGUAUCAAAUCACACAGGAUGAGAGUUCUUCAGAAGAAGAGUCGAAUACUGAAAAAAGCGAAGAACUAUCAUGGAAAGAAGUUGAUGGUAAACAUUUACACAAUAUUCCUUGUAAUAUUCCAGACGNUAAGCUAAAUAUGGCUGGUUCAAUAUUUAAAAUAUUUGUUGGGCGUCUUCAAAAUUUGAUGGAAGAAUUUCUAUCGGGAGAAGACAGUGAUUGUAGUGUUAACGACAAAGAUUAUGAAGACUCGGAUCACGACGAAAGUUCCAGUAGUUCGUCACAAGAGGUUUUACAAAGAAAAAAACGCAAAUCAGUGCUAAAUAAAGAUAUGCCCUCAACGUCAAAAACUGGCGGCGGAAGUUCCACAAUAGACGACACAACUGACACCGUUAUAUCGCAGUAUCAAAUCACACAGGAUGAGAGUUCUUCAGAAGAAGAGUCGAAUACUGAAAAAAGCGAAGAACUAUCAUGGAAAGAAGUUGAUGGUAAACAUUUACACAAUAUUCCUUGUAAUAUUCCAGACGCAGGGUUUAUAAAUGAGUAUUUUGAAAUGUUUAAUAAAAAUCCUAACGAUGUUUUUCAACUAUUCAUGGACGAUAACAUUUUUGAAUUAAUCGUUGAAGAAACCAACCGAUAUGCUCAACAAAACAUUAGUAAAGGUAUGCAUGGACCAAAUGCAUACCUUGACAAAUAA